AUGAGCAAAGAAUCAUCGACUGCUCAUGUCAAGGCUUUAGUACUUGAUGCUACUCCACUGAUUACACACCCAUAUUCUCAUUAUCAAGGGUUUGCUCAAGCUUUCUACACUACCCCAACUGUUUUUAAUGAAAUUAAAGAUGAAAGAGCUAGAAAGAAUUUAGAAAUUUGGCAAAGCCUUGGUUCUAUCGAAUUGAGACAUCCAAGUCAAGAGUCUAUAGAAAGAAUAAGCAAAUUUGCAAAACUAACUGGUGAUUUCUCAGUUUUGAGUGCAAAUGAUAUUCAUAUACUAGCACUAUCUUAUGACUUAGAGGUUGAAUUAAAUGAAGGUGACUGGAGAUUGAGAAAACAACCUGGUGAUGAUCUAAACGUUCCAUCCACUGAAGAACAAAAAGAUGCUACUAAUGAAACAGAGAAUGCCAUUGAAAAUUCAGAUACUGAAGUACCUGUAGCCAAAAAGAAGAACAGAAGAAGAGGUGGUAAAAAGCAAAGAGCUAAAAGAGAAGCUGAAGCUGCUGCCAGAGCGACAGAAGAAGCUACUGCUACUCUAGAAACAGGAGAAAGUGAAAGCGUAAGUGAACGUUUAUUGAAGGAGGAAGAUGAAGAGGCUAAGAAUGAAGCUACACAAGAAAACCUGGAUAGUUCGGAACAGUUAAAUGAAAAUACCCUUGAAGAUGAAGAUGACGGUGAAUGGAUUACUCCAGAUAACUUGACAAAAACUAUAAUAAAAGACAGUGGUGCUGAUACAGAAGGUUCUCGUGGUGUCGAAGCUACUGAAGCUGAGAAGAAUAUUGCUUUAAAUUUACCGGGCAAUCAAGUUGCUUUAGCGACAGGUGACUUUGCAAUUCAGAAUGUAGCUUUACAAAUGAACUUGAACUUGAUGAACUUCAUGUCAGGUUUAAAGAUCAAGAGACUACGUAACUAUAUGUCAAGAUGUCAUGCUUGUUUCAGGAUGUUCCCUAUGCCAAAGGAUGGCAAACCUCUUCAUUUUUGUCCAUCAUGUGGUGGUCAAGGUACCUUGCUUAGAUGUGCCGUUUCUGUUGAUUCUAAAACUGGUAAUAUUACACCUCAUUUGAAACGUAACUUUCAAUGGAGCAAUAGAGGUGUUAGGUAUUCUAUCGCUAGCCCAUUAUCUAAGAAUUCUCAAAAAAAAUAUGGUAAGAAAGGUUAUGUACACUCCAAGCCACAAACUGACGGCUAUGUAAUUAGAGAAGACCAAAAAGAAUACGAAAAACUAAUGAAACAAGAAGAUUGGACAAGAAGACACAAUGAAAAAGUUUUAGAAAACUGGAUAGGCGGUGGUUCCGCUGAUAAUUAUAUGUCACCAUUCGCUAUUUCAGGUUUAAAACAUCAUUCAGUUAAAGUCGGAAGGAGUAGAUACGUUAACAGUAACAAUAAAAAGAAAUAA